AUGUCGAAGAAGAUCAUCCUCAACAGCUCCGACGGCGAAUCUUUCGAGGUCGACGAAGCCGUUGCGCUCGAGUGUCUGACGAUCAAACACAUGAUCGAGGACGAGUGCACCGAUAACGGAAUCCCUCUUCCAAACGUCAACGCUGCAACUCUCGCCAAGGUUAUCGAGUACUGCAAGAAACACGUGGAAGCAGCCGCCGAAGCCAAAGCUAGAGACAAGGAUGUCUACGGUUCAGACGUCGAUGACACCGAGCUCAACACUUGGGACGAAGAUUUCGUCAAAGUCGACCAGCCUGUCCUCUUUGAUCUCAUCCUUGCUGCAAACUUUCUGAACAUCCCUGGGCUUCUUGACCUAACAUGCAAGACUGUGGCCGAUAUGUUUAAAAACAAGACUAUAGAUGAGAUCCGCACACACUUUCACAUCAAGAACGACUACACAGCUGAGGAAGAAGCUGAGAUUCGCGCUGAGCAUGCAUGGGCAUUUGAGUGA